AAUCUAAUAUGUACUUGGUUCACACUGUAAAUGAGAUCAAGAAGAAAUUGCAGUGGGAAAUAAAGAAGAAUUCAGGAUUUUCUUACUCAGCCAGCAUUGAUUAUUCGAGCGACAAAAUUGUUAGUAUUGGAAAGCAGAGUAAUAUAUGUAAAUUUUGUGAUGCCAAAUUAUGGGCAGGGGAAAGUAAAUAUAUGUGUUGUGCUAAUGGUAAAGUUAAGUUGGCAAAUCUUACACAACCUCCUAAAUUAAUAAUGGAUUUACUAAAUGGGACUCAUCCUAAUUCAGCACAUUUUUUGUCGGCAAUUCGCCAAUAUAAUAGUUGUUUUGCCAUGACAUCCUUUGGCGCAAAAAUAAUUAAAGAAAACUACAUGCCCACAUUUAAAGUUCAAGGGCAAAUUUAUCAUAAUAUUGGAAGCUUAUUAUCUUCUUCAGAGAAAAAUCCUGCAUUUCUACAAAUUUUUUUUGUCGAGGAUAGUAAAAAUGAAGCAAAAAUUAGACUUAACAUUUUUUCAGAUCUAAAUUUAAGUAUGAUAAAUAAAUUACAGACAUUACUUCACCGUAAUAAUAGGUAUAUCCGCGAUUUUAAAACUGCUCUGGAAAUGCACCAUAAGGAAGAUGAUUUUAAAAUAAUGAUCAAAUCUGAAAAAAAAUCACCUACUUCAAUAUCUCCGGUACCUACAUUAAAGGAAAUUUCCGUACUUAUGACUGGAGACAUUGUUCAGCAUAGAGAUAUUAUAAUUCACAAGAAAUCAAAUGAAAUAAAACGCAUUUGUGAGCUUCAUCGUUCUUACGACCCUUUACAAUACCCCCUUAUGUUUCCUUUUGGAGAUGAAGGCUACUCAAUAAAUUUGGAAUUAUACGAUCCAAUUAAUGAAAAACAUGUUUCAAAAAAAGUGUCAUCCUGUAAUUAUUAUGCCUUCAGAAUUAUGGAGCGUAAUAAAAAAUCCAACUACCUGUUAAUGUACAGAAAUUUAUUUAACCAAUAUUUAGUUGAUAUGUUCGCUAAAAUUGAAACUGAGCGUUUAAAUUAUUUAAGAUUUAAUCAGCCCAAACUUAGAGUUGAAAACUAUAUACAUUUAAAAGACGCAGUAAAUGAUAAUGAUGCAAAUCCAUCAAAUAUAGGACAAAAAUUUAUUUUACCAUCCUCCCACACUGGUAGCCCGCGAUAUUUAUUCGAGGAAGCGCAAGAUACUAUGGUUUAUGUAAGAGCUGAAGGUAGACCUGAUUUAUUCAUAACUUUCACCUGCAAUCCAAAAUGGGAGGAAAUUCAAGAAUGUUUGAAAUCAGGACAAAAACCGCAAGACAGACAUGAUAUAUUAGCGAGAGUGUUUAAUUUGAAAGUCAAAAAAAUGAUAGAUUUAUUGAGAAAAAAUGAAAUAUUUGGUCCCGUAAAAUGUUUCGUAAGUCGUAUAGAGUGGCAGCGAAGAGGGUUGCCACACACACACAUACUAUGUUGGUUGAAAGAUAAAAUCAAGGCUCAUCAAAUUGAUAGCAUAAUUAGUGCUCAAAUUCCUAACCCAUCUACUGAUCCUGAACUCCAUGAACUUGUAAAAUCCCACAUGAUACAUGGACCUUGUGGAAGUUUAAACGAAAAUUCCCCAUGUAUGAAUAACGGCAUAUGCAGUAAAAACUAUCCUCGAAAUUUUUUGGACGAAACAAGAGCGGGAGAAGACAGCUAUCCUACGUAUAAAAGGCUUUCUCCUGAUAAUGGUGGAUUUACUACUGUUAUUAAACAUUUUAAAAUUGACAACAGCUGGGUUGUACCAUACAACCCAGUGCUAUUAAAAACUUCAAAAGCACACGUAAAUGUUGAAAUUUGCAAUUCAGUAAAAUCAAUAAAAUAUAUUUGUAAAUAUGUUCAUAAAAAAUCUGAUGAGGCAACCUGUGUUAUUGAAAAUAAAAAUGAUGAAAUACAGCAAUUCCAAAGUGGUCGAUUCAUAAGUUCAUCAGAGGCUGUUUGGCGUAUAUUGACUUUCAAAAUUCACAAUAGGUACCCACCAGUGAUGCAUCUGAGUGUUCAUGGAGAAAAUGAACAAAGGGUUUAUUUUACGCCAAAAAAUAUGUCUGAAAUAGUAGCAAAUCCACCGCAAACCACAUUAAUAGGAUUCUUCAAGCUGUGCCAGGUUGAUUCUUUCGCAAGAAACUUGUUGUAUAAUGAGGUCCCACAAUACUAUACAUGGGCAAAAGGAAAAUUCAACAGAAGGCAACGGGGAGAAACGGUUGAAAAUCAUCCAGAGAUUAAAAAACAAUAUGUACUAGGACGAGUUUAUACUGUCCAUCCCAAUAAUUAUGAAUGCUAUUUUCUUAGACUUCUAUUGCAUCAUGUUAGAGGCCCCUUGUCAUUUGAAUUCCUUAGGACAGUUGGUGGAGUGGUUCAUCCAUCUUUUCAAUCUGCAUGCUUUGCCCACGGAUUAUUAGAAAAUGAUGAAAAUUGGGAUGCAACAUUGGAGGAAGCUGUCAUUGGGGAUUCUCCGAAAAAGUUGCGUGACCUGUUCGCAGUUAUGAUAGUUUUUUGCCAGUUGUCAAACCCCAUGCAUUUAUGGAACAAAUACAAGGACAGUUUUAGCGAGGAUGUCCAAAGAAAAUUAACGAAUAAAAACACCAUUAUUGAUGAUGAGAUUAAACAGAAAAUUGAGAAUGAAACUUUAAUACUAUUGGAGGAAACAGUAAUUAGAAUAUCUAAUAAUCGACUAAAUCAUUACAAUAUGUGCAGCCCUACAUACAGUCAAAAUUACUUUGAUCAUAGUUUUCUUGCAAAAACAGCAUCAGGCAAUAAUUCAAAACGUUUAGACUCAAUUUUAGCAACAGAAUCAUCAAGGAAUAAGGAGCAAAUUGAACUUUGUGAUUAUAUUAUAAACAGUAUUAAUUCAAAUGAAGGUGGGUUUGCCUUCCUAGAUGCAUAUGGAGGUACUGGAAAAACCUUCACCAUAAACUAUUUGUUAGCUAAAUUGAUUUUUGAAGGACAAACAGUCAUUUCAGUUGCAUCAUCUGGUAUUGCAGCAACAUUAUUAUUGCACGGAAGAACUGCUCACAGUGCUUUUAAACUGCCAUUAAAUUUAAAUUCAGCUGAUAUCCACUUUUGCAACAUAAGCAAACAGAGUAAAAUAGCAGAACUACUUAAAACAACUUCAUUCAUCGUCUGGGAUGAAAUUACAAUGGCACAUAGGGCUGGUGUUGAAGCUCUUGAUCGUACACUUCAAGACAUUCGUAAUGAUAAGCGCAGAAUGGGUGGAGUAACAACAUUACUAUCUGGAGAUUUUAGACAAACAUUGCCCGUCAUACCUAGAGGAACGAGAGCUAAUGAAAUUGAUGCCUGUAUAAAAUCAUCAUAUUUAUGGAAUGACAUUAAAGUUUUUAAACUCCACCAAAAUAUGAGAGUGGAUGUUUCAAAAAAUGCUGCCAAUUUAGAAUUUGCAAAUGUACUCUUAAAAAUAGGCAAUGGUCUUCUUGAAGAAAUUGAUGGAAAAAUAAAUAUUAAGGAAAUUCCAUGCAAUCAUGUUACUGAAUUGACAGAUUUAAUUAAUAAUAUCUACCCAGAUAUCGAAAAUAUCCAUAUAAAAGAGACAGAAUGGUUUGAAGAGCGUGCUAUAUUAUCACCAACAAAUGAUAGAGGUAUGGAAAUUAACGAUAAAAUAAUGCUCCGUUUUCAUGAGAGAACCGUCACAUAUGUUUCUGUUGACAGCACUGUAGAAACAGAAGAUGCACUGCAUUACCCAGCAGAAUUCUUAAAUUCCUUAACACCGUCAGGAACUCCACCGCAUAUAUUAACACUUAAAGAAAAAUCUCCAAUUAUAAUGUUAAGAAAUUUGCUGCCCCCUAUAUUAUGUAAUGGUACACGGCUCCAAAUAAUAGCUCUUCGCAAAAAUACAAUAGAGGCAAAAAUUUUAACGGGUGAUGGUAAGGGUCAGACAACAUUCAUCCCUAAAAUACCUAUGAUUCCGAAUGACUAUCCAUUUCAAUUUAAACGAAUUCAAUUUCCGAUCAGAUUAGCUUUUGCAAUUUCAAUUAAUAAGUCUCAAGGUCAGUCAUUAACAUAUGCCGGCAUUGAUUUAAGGGAUGAUUGCUUUUCUCAUGGGCAAUUAUACGUUGCGUGCUCAAGGGCAAAAACACCUGUAGGGCUGUCAAUACUCCAACCGACAGGAAAAACAAAAAAUAUUGUUUAUCGGGAAGUUCUAUGAAAUAGGUAUGUAAAAUUGCUUACAGAAGCACCUACGUGGAACCAUGAAAGUGUAUUUGAACAAAACUUUUUUAUCAAUAAUUGAGGAGAAAACCUCUCCUUUUUGCCUUCUGCAAAAAUGAUUCUCAAUUCAUUCUGAAACAUAUCAUUCCGCAAACAUGCUGCUUUUAAGCGUUAUUACUACUUUUAACUAUAUUAAAAUUUUGAAUCUCGUGAUUUUUGAAAUUUGUAUAAAACUGGUAAAAAAUAGAAACGGAGAUUAUAAGGCAAAAUAGACGUUAUUUGGAAAUAUUUCCAAAAAAACUUAUCGUGGGUUUUCUCAAAUUUGAGAAAAUCAAAAUGUCGGCGCACUGAGCGCCAGCCAAUUUUCCCAUAGAGUACAUAGAAUCAUGAAAAUGGGAGAGCUGGCGCCAUGUUCUGCUCGACGAAUU